AUGGCGAGUGACUUUGAGGACGACGUCCUGGGGGACGUGGAUGCCAUUUGCGGGUGGGAAGCCGCUGACUUCGACGAUGACCUUCUGGGUCGUGGUCGACGGCGUACUGCUCAAGCUCCUGCCAAAGGUACAGCCAAGCGGAAGCCCCAAAAGCUGCCCGGGAGCUCAAGCUCUGGUGCCGCGUUGUUACCACUGGAUAAAGCUCAACUACAACAACAACAGCUUGAUACAUCGCCAGAUAAAAUACGUCAAGUUGUCGAUCGAGUCCCAGACAAGAAGGACCGACCUUCUGUUGUUCGCAAGCCAAAACAAAAACAGUCUCGAGAAACAAAGGAGCCCCAACACGAGGCACCCGCCAAGCCAUCACCACGAACCGCUUCUAUCCUCGAGGAGAAUGCUGCUAUUGCAGCUCUUGGACGCCAGCGACGAAUGAAAGUCGUUGCAGCAGCGUUGGUAGCGAAUGUACCUCGGAAGCAGGGCAUCGCCUCGGUCGUCUCGGCAUAUUUCGAUGGCGGAUCGGAUGAUGAAGAAACGGAAUCGAAUUCGCUGGUGCCGUCUUCAGCACCACAAAAGCAACCAGAAAAACUGACCCGAGUCGUCGAGCCUUCGACUGCCCCUGCGCGGUCUAUUGAUCCACCCAAGAAGAUCCACCCUCCGCUGCCACUCCCACUGCUCAGUAUCAAUCCAAAUGCUGGCGGCAAUGAAACACGACUAUCCGGAAAGGAUGAACCAGCAUCGAAGGCACCACGGCAUUGGCGACGACAUCGGAAGCAGAAGAAGAAUAGUUUGCUGCCGUCACGAGAUGAAUCUGAGCACUGGGAGUCUAAUUUCCCUCCCAAUCUCCGCCGAUUCCAUUCACCAAGGAACUAUCCAGCAGGGGGCUCUGAUAGCACCACCAGUCUUGUGUCGUCUUCGUUUACAAGUAAUGUCCGAGCACCUUUGGCAGCUUCCGGUGAUGUUGCACAGCGAACCAAGGAAUUAUUGCCUUUGAUUCAUCACACGACCGAGGGCUUCCACAAUGUCACGGUGGUUGACUCUGCCGUCGAUGGCGACGAAGUGGACACGAAGAACUUGCGAGACGUAGAGCGCGAUGUGGAGGAGGAGGACGAAAACUGGACCCACUGUUAUGACGACCCGGAAGCGAUCACCAAAAGCAUGGCGGGGCUCAUCCAAGCUCUUUCAACCUUCGCGGCGGAUGGCAAGAAAAAGAGGCCCUCCCAAGUCGGCAAGAGCAGGAAGCGGCGAGCUAAGCUUCAGCGGCAACAGCAGCAGCAACACACUUCGGCGUAUCCUCCAGUAUUGAGACUUCCACAGCCUGGAGAAAUGAACGUCACUUCUGGUAUACCUUCUACCAGUACUGGAAAGCAGCAAGAAAACUCGACGCGGAAGCACCGCAAACUUCCGAAUAGCGUUGCAGCCCCAACAUGA